GAACGAGGUCAUAGAAUUAGGAGUUGUAGCCUUAUAUGUGGGUCAGUCGCAGGAAGAUGUCCAAAUGAGAAAAAAUAUGAAAAUAUAUUAAAAACAACAAAAAAAUCAAGGGAUGUUAAAUAAUUGGGUUGAAAAAAGAAGAUGAGCUCCAUAUAAAUUAUCAUGCACGUAAAUUUUAUUUUAUAGUGAAAUUCGUUUGCUUUGUGAAAGGGUUAGUCUGUGAUUUGUAAGGAAAGAAUAUAGUUUCUCCAGAUCCUUGUUUUGUUUUCUCCAGAUUUGAUGUAAAAUGAAUAAAGAAAGAGUAUAUUUCAUUUGGGAAAUAUGCUUUUGUCUAUCACAGCUAGCAACUGGAUACAUAUCGAAGGAAGCUUUGGCACAAAGUGAAGCUAGAUUUACACGAAAACUGAGUAAUAGUUAUAUGAAAUGUGUGAGAGACUAUGAAGGAUAUGCAACUGUUUAUAUGGAUAGACAUGCCAGGGAUUAUUACAACAGUGGUGCUGAUGAACAACAAACGCUCAUAGACAAUGAGCUGGCUUUCAAAAGGCUGAGAAUCAGACCUCGCUUGUUUCGCAAUGUCUCCAACAGGAAUAUGAGUGUCACUUUAUUGGGACAGUCACUCAGCAUACCUUUCGGAGCUUCUCCUAUUGCAUUCCAAAAAAUGGUGCAUCCCGAAGGAGAACUUGCAACUGCAAAAGCUAUAUCAGCACUAGGAGGAGUCAUGAUUUUAAGCACACUGUCCACGACAUCAAUGGAAGAAUUGAUUGACAGAACCCCUCCAGGCACUGUAUUUUGGCUUCAGGUGUAUAUAGCUAGAGACAGAGAACGGACGAAAGCUUUGAUACAUCGAGCAGAUAUAGCAGGGAUCAAGGCAAUAGUUGUAACUGCUGACUCGCCAGUAAAUGGCAUGUGGGGAAUAAAUAUGGUGCAUAAUUUAACACUGCCCAGUCAUUUAGCACUUCCAAAUUUACAAGCUAAAAAUGAUGUCCAUGGCUCCGGUUCAAGUUUACGAACAAAAAUUGGAUUUUCUCUGCUUGACCCAACGGUCACAUGGAAAGAUAUCCAAUGGAUACGGACAUUCACUUCUUUACCAAUUGUGGUGAAAGGAGUUUUAACUGGUGAAGAUGCUGCUCUGGCUGUAGAGAAUGGAGCUUCAGGGAUUCUCGUUUCUAAUCAUGGUGGACGACAGCUAGACGGUGUACCUGCAACUCUAGAUGUUUUGCCUGAAGUAGUGGAUGCAGUACAGGGUAGGGCGGAGAUUUAUUUAGAUGGAGGCAUUCGCUCUGGUGGGGACGUUUUUAAAGCUCUGGCCUUAGGUGCAAAAGCCGUCUUCUUUGGUAGACCGAUUAUUUGGGGUCUAGUACAUAGCGGACAAGAUGGUGUCUUGAAUAUUUUUCAAAUGAUCAAAAAACAAUUGGAUACAACAAUGGCUUUAGCAGGGGCUUCACGUUUGGAAGACAUUCAAAAGUCUCAUGUCAUCCGAGAAGAAAUUUAUGGAUUUUAUGGAAAACAACUUGAAAAGAAAAUUAUUUUCAAAAAAUAAAAGCAA